AUGAUCAGAAAAUUAUUUAGAACACCGAUAUUUAGAAACCUUAAAUUCUAUAGACCAGCUCUUUAUAUGUUUAGUCAAUAAAAUUAAGAUCCUAAAUUUUCAGAUGAAAUUAUGAAUAAGUUAAAAAAUUAGGCUUAAUAAUUUUAUGAUAAUAUAGUAGUUGAUAAUAAUUUACAACAUGUAGAUGUUAAGGAUGUAGAUCAUUUUAAUUAACUUAUUUAAGAAAGCAAUUAAAAAAUUAUAAUAGUAUAUUGUUAUGCUUAAUGGUCAUUAGAAUGCAAAGAUUUUAAAUAAGUGUUGAUCUAAAAUAUGGAAAAAUAUUCAGAUAUUUCAACAAUCAUAAAUAUAGAUAUUGAUAAACAUCCAAAUUUAAUUACUCAGUUAUAAAUAAAUUCUGUUCCUUUUGCAGGUGUAGUGUAUAAUAAUUAAUUUGUUGAUGGAUAUUUUAAAAAUGGAAAGUUUGACCGAUUUAUGUCUGUUGUAGAAUAAAUAUCUAGAAUCUUAAGAGGUGAAAAUAUUGAAGAAAUGAUAUUAGAAUAAAUGUCAGAAUUGUUUUAAAGCAAAAAUCAUUAAGGAUUAUUGACUUUAACAACUGAAGCAUUAGCAAGAGAUAAUAUAAAAAAAGACCAUCCAAAAUAUUUAUUAUUCAAAGGAUUAGCAUAUGUAUUAAUGGAAGAUUCUAUUAAAAUAUAAGAAAUUUUAGAUUAAUUUGAUUAAUAAUUUAAAGAUGAUUUAACAGAUAUUAAUACUAAAUAAUUAUAUUAAUUAGUUUAAGACUAAUUAACUUUGAUUAAAGAUUUAUAAUCUUUGACUCCUGAAAUGAAAAGAAUUUUAGAAAGAAUAAAUGAGAAUCCUAAAGAUAAAGAUCUUUAUUUUGAUUUAGCUUUGGAAUCAUUAAAUUUAAAGAAUUAUGAGUUGGCAAUUAAGUCACUUUUAAAUGUAAAAAUCUAUUUGAUUUUAGAUUGUUAAAAUGGAUAAGAAUUGGUCUGACAAAAAGGCAUAGAAGAAGCUACUAGAAAUAUUUUCAUAAUUAGGAAAUUAACACAAUUUAGUUAUUGAGGGAAGAAAACAACUUGGAAAACUGAUAAAUUGA